AAUAUCCGAGGACCGACCUCAUUGCUGCAACGCAUCAGCUCACCUGCCUUCUUUCUCCGUCAUCUUAAUGGGUCGUUCAUCGACCAAAUCGGUUGCUCGAGUAUAUACCGAUGUCAAUGCGAAGCUUGGCCCUUCAUGGCACGAAUAUGACAAUCUUCAGGUCCAAUGGGGCUCUCAGGAUCACUAUGAAAUCGUUCGGAAAGUGGGGCGGGGAAAGUAUUCGGAAGUCUUCGAGGGCAUCAAUGUUGUAACGGAAGAAAAGUGUAUCGUCAAGGUCCUAAAACCUGUGAAAAAGAAGAAAAUCAAACGAGAAAUCAAGAUCCUACAAAACUUGGCCGGAGGACCCAAUGUCGUCGCGCUUUUGGACGUCGUUCGAGAUCAAGCGUCCAAGAUACCAAGUCUAAUCACAGAAUAUGUCCACAACGUGGAUUUCAAAGUUCUUUAUCCCCGCUUCUCCGACUACGACGUUCGUUUCUAUAUGUAUGAGCUGUUGAAAGCUCUAGAUUUCUGUCAUUCGAAGGGUAUCAUGCAUCGAGAUGUAAAGCCGCACAACGUCAUGAUAGAUCAUGAGCUUCGCAAGUUGCGGCUCAUCGAUUGGGGUCUUGCAGAAUUCUACCAUCCAAAAACUGAAUACAAUGUCCGCGUUGCUUCUCGAUAUUUCAAGGGUCCUGAGCUACUCGUUGACUUUCAAGAAUAUGACUAUAGUCUGGACAUGUGGAGUUAUGGGUGUAUGUUUGCUUCAAUGAUCUUCCGCAAGGAACCGUUCUUUCAUGGUCACGACAACUACGAUCAGCUAGUCAAGAUUGCUAAGGUGCUAGGCACUGACGAAUUGUUCGCUUACAUCGACAAGUACCACAUCCGUCUGGAUGCCCAAUAUGAUGAGAUCCUCGGCCGGUACCCUAGAAAGCCGUGGACACGAUUUAUAACAUCGGAGAAUCAGCGCUAUAUUUCGAAUGAGGCUAUUGACCUGUUGGACAAAUUGCUACGGUAUGACCACCAGGAUCGUCUUACGGCUCGUGAGGCACAACAACAGCCAUACUUUCUACCUAUACGACAAAAGGAAGCCGCCGCGAACGAUUCAGCCGUAUCAGAAUGAUCGUUGCUCUAAUACGCUCUAUCUCUGCUGUCGUGUGUGCUUAUGUAUAUAGAUCGUUCUAAAUUUUACCUCUUUGUAUCUCCCGCUCUAGUGUCGGAUAUCAGACCGAUGUCAAUGUUUCUGCUGCAUGUUCUGCUCGCCAUGCAUGCGUAAUUUCUAGCACACUUGAGUACUCUGCCGUUCUCCUCCGUGUGUCAAGAUGUGCCUAAUGACUAUGAGUAGAACCCACAUGCACUGACUACCUAUUCUAACCUAAAGGGCUCACGCUCUAAUCAUGAGCUUCAUGAGUUAGAUGCCGCGUGAACUCGACGCCCUCGUGCUCACAGAUAAGGAAGCGUCACUGAGACUGACGCGUUGAAGGCUCCAAGGCUCCCUGACAUUGAUUCGACGUGUCA